AAAAGGGUCCCUGCAAAACUCUAAGCUCCAACAUCAAAGCCAAAGAAGACCUUUCAGAAACCAAAAUUUCAAGAGCAAAAAUUUCAAUCCAGAAAGAAAAUGGGUGCUAAUUACUCAACAAAUAUUCCAACAACUUGGCCCGAAGCUAAUUAUAUGUCAACCACAAUACCACAAGUCAAGAGAUCUCAAGUCAUUGCUUUCCACUCAUCAACAAAAUGGAAGCUCCAUUUUGAUGCUUUGAAAGAUACAAACAAACUGGUUGUUAUUGACUUUACAGCAACAUGGUGUGGUCCUUGCAAAAACAUGGAACCAGUUAUCAAUGACUAUGCUGCUAAAUAUACAGAUGUUGAAUUUGUCAAGAUUGAUGUUGAUGAAUUGGAUAAAGUAGCUGAGGAAUAUGGGGUUCAAACAAUGCCAACAUUUGUGCUGAUAAAGAAGGGGAAGGUUGUUGACAAAGUUGUGGGAGCAGAUAAAGAUGGACUAAAGAAGAAAAUAGAGAAACACAGAGCUGUCUUGAUCUAAAGCUAACCAAAGAUACAUAUGUUUUGAGCAGAGUUUACUGGAAUCAUAGCCUCUCUGUAAAAUAAAAUUUAUAUGUUUAUCGAUUUUUGAUUGAAAGAAAGAGCUAUGUAUUCAUUCUUGAUUGUAAACUUCAAAGAGUAUGAUUAAAGCAUUAAUUUGUUUA